AUGGAGAAGUCUGGAGGCCGAGCUCGGAGAGAAAAAUCUCAUCUCUUGGAUUUGAUAUCAAGAUUUGGCUUUGCACAUAGAAAGAUUGGCCAUAUUGGAAUUUCAAAAAUGAAAAAGUAUUUCAUGCCAAUAAACCCGAGUCCUUCAUCAACUCCCGAACCAUCAACAACGAAUAAUGAAACUCCUAUUGACCAAGCUAGUGGAAAAAGACCUCGUGUAGAGGUAGAAGUUUCCGAUAAUGAUAUAGUUAGUGAUCCGGGCUUGAGAAAUCCAAUUAAUAGCUUUCCAUUAGAGAUGAGGGAUACAUUGAGAAGGAGAUACUUAGCUAAAGGGCCUUGUCAACCAGUUGGGCAUCAAUUUCCUCAAACAAAUAAAAGGAGGUUUCUCCCUAAUUGGUUUAAAAGAUUUGCUUGGCUAGAGUAUAGCGUUUCCAAAGAUAAAGCAUUUUGUUUAUAUUGCUACUUGUUUCCCAAUAAAGGCAAUAAUAGCAAUAAAGGUGGCGGCAAUGCUUUUACGGAAGUUGGGUAUAGUAAUUGGAAAAAUGGCAUGCAAAAUUUUAUUGCUCAUGAAGGAGGUCCGGAAAGCCCACACACAUUUGCAAGAAUUAAGGUUGAGCAAUAUCAAAACCAAAGGGAGAAUAUUGAUUUUGUUUUUUCUUCAAAGAAUGUUGCUAAUGAAGAUGAGUAUCGUGUUCGGUUGACAACAGUUGUAAGAGUAGCUCGAUAUCUUUUGGGUGAAGGAUUGGCUUUUUGA